AUGACAAAAGAUCGAAAACUUUUAUUGGAAUCGGAAGUUGUCGUUUUUCAUAUAUUUGAAGGCGAUUUUUUAUUAUCUGAUUUGCCAUCAACACGUUUGCAUCAACAACGUUAUAUUUUUUUCACAAUGGAAAAUUUUUUCAAUUGGUCUAUGACAUAUCGAUGGGAUUCUGAUAUACCAGCACCAUAUGGAGACAUUUUGCGAAAAAAGAAUAAGGCUGUAUUUUGGAUUGUUUCGAAUUGUAAAACAUCAUCAAAAAGAGAAUUAGCUGUCGAAAAGUUGUCGAGGCAUAUAACAGUGGACAUUUAUGGGAAAUGUGCGAAGGAUUUUUCAAAAAUUUUUGCCUGUCCUCGUAAUAAUAUUUCAUGUAUUGAAGAGUUUGGCCAACAAUAUUACUUCUUUCUUGCACUGGAAAAUACUGUAUGCAAGGAUUAUAUAACUGAAAAAUAUUGGAGUCGAUAUUAUUUGCCAAGUAUACCAAUUGUUAUGAGACGAUAUUUAUAUCAAAAUGCCGCUGACAUGGCAAAUUAUCUUCUCAUUCUGAUGGAAAAUUAUACCGCAUAUAUGGAAUAUUUCGAGUGGCGAAAAGAUGGAUGGGCAAGAAUUUGUUUCUGUAAAUUGUGCGAACAAUUGAUAUCGAAUCCCCAUCAUAAAUCUAUAAAAAACAUUGAAAGUUGGUUCUAUAACACGUCAUCCUGUGAAGGAUCAGAGUUUGCUGCUAACUGGCAAUUGUAA